ACCAUAGCCCUAAGCCGCGAGCUUCCAGUACACAACAAGUACACUCACUUAGAAUGUUUACAUAUCUUUAUCGGAUAUAUAAUUGGAUCGCGCACAGUAGAAAAAAUAGCAUUCAUCGUUUGGCAGUCGUAUCGUGAGCAAUCGUUAUUAAUAAUCGCAUUUGAUCGUAAUUCAAAGACCGUGAACUGUUAAACAUUGUGAAGUUUAUUGAACAGAGAAAAAAAUAGUUUGUGUGUUUUAUUUUUCUCUUAAAGAAAGUGAGCGAACCGCAUUUCCACGAUUUAUUCAAUCAAUACCAACCGAAUCGAAGAAAAAAAACAAUAAUAUUUAUAUACUGCGCAUCACCAGAUCCCGAAGAAGUGAAAAGUGAAAAAUUGCGGGUUUAAAAUUGGUUGAACAUGAUUCUAUCGAUUUUAUUCGGUUUAUUGUGUGUAUUUCUCGCACUUCGCUACUCGUAUUGGAGACGCCAUAAUAUUCCGUUCGUUCCACUCAAGUUUCCGUAUAUUUUCGGAAAUGUUACGAAAGAAAAACAUCAAGCGCUUCAGUUUACCGAUUUUUAUAAAAGCCAUCGUUCGCGUGCACACGAUAUGAAUCGUCCAAUAAUCGGCGUCUAUAUGUUCUUAGACCCAUCAGUGUUGAUCGUCGACUUGGAACUGAUGCGAAGCAUAUUAACCGAAAAUUUUGCACAUUUUCAAAAUCGCGGCAUGUUCUACAACGACCGGGAUGAUCCGUUAAGCGCAAUUUUGGGUACUUUGAAUCACGAAAAAUGGAGGCCACUUCGGACCAAAUUGACCCCAGCUUUCACUCCAUCUAAAAUUAAAGACAUGUUUCCGAUAAUGAAAACCGUCGGAGAUGAGCUCGUAAAAGGCUUAAACGAAAUCAUCGCGAUCGACAACCAAGUGGAAAUACGAAAACUUUUCAGCCGAUUUACCACAGAUGUAAUUGGCAAAGUGGCCAUCGGCAUCCAGUGCAAUACGUUGAAUAGAUCAACACAAUUAAGAGAAAUGGCCAAAAAAGCAAUGGAACCAUACUUGAAAUUCCCGUGGAAUCAUUUGACAAUUGCACAUCCGGAUUUGGCAAGAUUUUUGGGCAUUAGAAAACAUUCGAAAGAAGUUUCCGAUUUUUUCGUCAAUGUGGUUGAACAAACGAUUCAGUAUCGCAUGGAAAAUGAUGAAAGACGAAACGAUUACAUGCAAUUGCUCAUUGAUUCGGGUUUAAGUACAAAGGAAAUUGCAGCUCUUGCAUUUGAUCUAUUGUCAGCUGGCUACGCGGACUCGACGUCAACACUCGCGUAUUGUUUGUACGAGUUGGCAUUGCCAAACAAUAAGCAUAUCCAACAUAAAGCCAGAAAGGAAAUCCAAUCGGUUUUGGGUGAACAUAACGGACAGCUGACGUAUGAAGUGUUGAAUAAGAUGAUUUAUUGCAGACAGAUUAUCAACGAAACGUUGAGAAAACAUCCAGUGGCUGGGAAUGCAACGAGAAUCGCAACCAAGCCAUUCAGAGUACCAAACACUGAUUUCACCAUUCCAACGGGAAUGCGCGUUUUCAUCCCAAUUUACGCCGUUCACCACGAUGCAGCCUUUUUUCCCGACCCUGAACGAUUCAUCCCAGAGCGAUUCUCAGAAGAGCCUCUCCCCAACGCAUUUCUAGCGUUCGGUGCAGGACCAAGAAAGUGCAUUGGAUUUCGUUUCGCAACGCUACUGGUUACCGUGGGUUUGGUGUCGCUAUUGCGAAAUUUCGAAUUUUCCACUUCGGCCCGAACUCAAAUUCCGAUUCAAUAUUCAUCCACAAAAAACACGCUCAUCCCGAGUGAUGGGGUUUGGCUGAAAGUCGAUCGAAUUUAAUAAGUUAAAUUAAAACACUCGUUUAGAAUAAAAGACACUUCCUUCGAUGUGUUUGUCUUUGUAUCAUGUGUUUUACAUGCUGAAGAUUUUCAAUAGUGUCUUUGAGAGAAUUUAAGAUCCUAUGGAAAACUCAAACUUUGCCAAAUUAACUCAUCAGACAACUCCAUCGUGUCAAACAGAAAUAAAAAACAAAGACAGACAAAUUGGCGGCUGGCACGUUUAUUCUAAAUAACUCAAAUAAAUCAAACCCUGUGUUCUUUUUUGAAUAUCAUUUAUUUUUAUUUGAUGAAAUAAUUAUUUUAUUAUUAUUGAUUAAAGUCGAAUCGACUUAGUCGACCAAUAUUCAUAGUUAUUUUGAAGUUAAAAAUCAGAGAUCACUUUAGCGCACCCAAGUAUUUUCGUUGAUAUUUUGUUUUUUUUCUUCGUUAUACUUUACCUUUUUGGCCAACAAAAACUUUGUAUCAAUAUUUUGUGUAACAUAACAAAGAACAGAUUUUGAAAAACCACAUUUAUAUUAGUAAAAUGUAAAGAAAAAAUACCCAAAUAAGUAGAAAUUACGUAAUAUUGCGAAAUUGAGUCAAUGCGCGUAAUUAAUAAGUAUGAAU